AUGGUUUUAAAUGCCGCUGUACAAAUGUUAAGGGAGGCAGAUGAAUUGAAACAGAAAAUUUUAAAGUUUAGCAGUGGAACAUCAAUGCUUCAAGACCGUAGCCUAUGGACCACACAACAGCAGUUGCAAAAUGUUUAUCAGAAGAUACUUAUGGUAGACCUUGAUUAUGCAUUGGAAAAAAAAGUUGAACAAGAUCUUUGGAAUGUUGGAUUUAAACAACAGAUUGAAGCAUUACAAGCUAUCUCAAAAGAUAGGAAGAACCCCCUCCGCAGUGAAGGUCAGGCUAUGUUAUCAUGGAUUCUGCAGGCUGCGGCCGGAUUCUACCUUUGUUUGCUUCAUCAGAUCUGCACGACAUUCAAACUGGAUUUACCCUUCAGACGUCGAGCCUCACUCUUGGGCUCUGUAGAAGCGUGGGGCCCUGGCGCAUCGGCUGCCCCCGCUGCAGCCCGAUACGUCAGCCAACACUGUCUGGUUCAUCUUGGAGACUUGGCCCGUUACCGCCAACAGCUUCGCGUCGCUCACACUUUCUACCGUCACGCCUUGGCUGUAUCACCUCACUCAGGCCAGCCUUACAACCAGCUGGCUCUUGUUGCUUGGCGCCGUGGGAGGCGCUUGGCUGCGUUGUAUUGGCAUGUCCGCUCGCUAAUGGUUCGGGCACCAUUUCCGCCCGCGCCUGCUAAUUUGGCUCGGACUCUGGCUGCUGCCAGCCGCGAUGUUAAGGAGGCGCCACCGAUGCCGGUUUUACCAGGGUUGACUAAAACCGCUACCAACACAACACCUUCUAAGCCUGAGCGACUGGACGCACAUUCCUAUGUCACCGAACUCAUUCGAGCUAUCAACUAUAUUCAUACUGUGGAACAACUGGACGACGCUACUGUAUUAGUGAACACAUUGAACACAUCCCUUACACCAUUGGUUGCAACCGACAGCUUCGAAUCUAUGACAUUAAUAAAGAUGUCGUGUGUUCUGAUUUGGUUGGUACAGUCUUCGAGCGAGGAGUUGAGCUCUGAGAGUGCCCUCAGUGCAGACGAAGCAGCGGCCGCUCGACUUGCAGCUUCGCUUGCUUCGAGCACUGUUCUAUCUCUACUGCUCCCUGCUUAUACUGCAUCUGAGCCACCAAAGAAGGCUCUACCUGCUUUGAAAGUUUGGCUGCACUGGAUGGUGGCAAAGCCUCAAGCGUUGGAAGCAGCAGCGUGGCGAGCGCGGCCGCAGCUGUGGCCGGCGCUGGCGCACGCGCUGGCCGGCCUGGCGCCGCGCGCUCGCCAGCUCGCCGCAGACCUCUACGACACAGUACCCUUGCCUGAAGACGAGGAGCUGCACGGUUUCCUGCCUCUAGAAGAGGCUUUCAAAGGCCUAAAGUUUUCCUAUCACACUACUUGGGACACUUACGGUGGCAGGCUGCCUGAGCUAGAGGCGGGUCAGGACGGGGAUACUGGUAGUCCAUCGGGUAUCGCCACAUCGUGCUUCACCAGCGAACCGGAGUUGGAAGACAAAGUGCGGGCGUAUCGGCUAGUGGAGCUCGGCAAGCGGCUCGCCGAACAACAUUCCGAACAGUUCUCAUGCAGCACACAAGAAGACGGCUCUAUAACGUUCACGGCGACUACAUCCGGCGGCGAACAACUAACACGCGCUUUAGCGGAGUUGUCUAUGGUCGCGAAAUCGGAACCAUCGGGCGACGGGUCGGCCGACGAGUUGGAAGAUAGCGAAGAUGAGCGACCGCCACCUCCGCCGCCCGUUAUUAUAUCCGAAGCUGAUUUUAGGGAGAAAGUUCGUGAGAAGCGCGUGGGCAUCUUAAAGCCGCAGGGUUCGUUGGAGCGCGCCCGGGAAGAACGAGCUCUCGCCACUACACAAGAUGACCAGGAGGCUGAAGAAGAUGGUGGCAAGGGUGAAGACAGGAAAGAAGCGCGCAAACCACGCGUUAAUAUUGCCAUGGCGGCGAUCAUGCGCAAGCAGGAGGAGACUAACAAACAGGUGAAAUUUGUGUCACCACCACCAACGCCAGAUUCAACUGCAGAUGCUAGUGAGUCUGCUACAAAAGAAGCAGAUAAGCCUAAAGUUAUCCAACCAAAAGCCAUAAAGUCUCUUAGCAACUUACCUAUUGGCAGAAAAACUGGUGGCAUUCUUUCACUCAAAGAUAAAUCAGCUGGGUACCCUCAUUUGGUAAAUACUGACCCUGAGCCACCCAAAAAACUUGAUAAGGAAGAGAAAAAAGAACCCAAACCCAACCAAGGUACCAGCCAAAAUUCCCAAGGAUAUCAACAGAAGUGGCAGGAGCCCCCACCUCAAAGCAAUUGGACCAAUAUACCAGCUCAGCCGUUUAACGAACCGCGCAUGGGCUUUCAGAAGAACUAUGGCAUCCAAAACACGGGAAUUAGCUACAAUCCUAACUACCAAGGUGCUCCAGGAUUUGGCCAGGGUAUACGGCUGCCCGUGGUCAACCCAAAAGAGAUUGAUGUUAGGACAGCUGCACUUCAAAAGCAGAACUCCCGGCCAGAGCUAUUCCAAGAAGGGCAUAAAUUCACGAACCAUGGAUACCAAAUGUCAGGGGACAAGAAGAACUUCCUGAAUGACCUUCCACCGCGUUUCGCAAACCAGUACAGAUAUUGGCAGAAUGCUCAAGAGAAUCAGGCCAAUGAAAACAAGUUUAGAGACGAUAGUUUUAAAAACAACACAUUUGAACAACAGCAGCAACCCCAACGCAACUGGUCAAAUCCCCAACCUGAAUACCAGCAGCCGUUGACUUGGUGGAAGCCAGAAAACCCGCCCGUAUACAAUACAAACUUCUCCACUCCAACCAUGAAUGUGCAGCCUAACUUCUUUUCCCCACAUGUUUCGUCCAACACGCCAAAUCCUUACCUGAAUUUAUCGUAUAACCAUAACCAAGUAGGACAGAGUAAACCGGACAAUAUUGGAUCAAAUUGGCCGACGAUUGGCCAAACACAAAUGCCAACUCUGCAGAACUUAGUCACCUCUCCCAAUUUCAAUGCCUCUUUGAACAGCUUUGGAACGUACACGCCUAGCGUUGGAUACGAUUCCUCGAUGUAUCCCCAGUUUAACAACAAACUUGGAUACCAGCCGGUGCAGAUGAAGAUGAUGGACAAGCAGUACCAGGGUAAAGAGACUGAUGAGUCGCUCAACUUCAGCUCGAAUAUUAUGGAAUUGCAGCAAAGGAAUCUGAACUUUAAUAACAACCUAAAUCAAGAUGUCAGUGCCGCUAAUUCAUUGGAACAGACCCGCGAGGCUACAAGCUCAUCAACCGGUAAUACGUACUCAUUGUUCAGCGCCGCACCUGACCCCGCCGCUUGGGCCCAAAGACAUCUGCAUCAGUCAUUGUGGUCCGGUCCAGGCCCCUCUCCUCUCGAAAGACUCUUGGAGCAACAGAAACAGAUGAAACAACCGUCAACGCCGCAGUGA